GAUAAAUUUGAAACUAAACUUCAAACUGACAGCCUAAACCAUAACAGUGUUGAAUAUAAAUUAUUAAUAAAAAUCAAAAGAUAAUUCAAAAAUACUUUAUUAAAUCCGUAAUUGUGGCCAGUGAGUAUUUUGAGAAAAGACAAAUCCACAUGCUACAUGAUCUACAGGUCUGAUGUAACUCAUGGUGAAUUUAAAAAAUACUUGAGUGAUUAAUAAAUUAGAAACAGAAAAUGAAUUUAAUCAAGACAUAGUUUCAUAGUUACAAGGAGUAGAUAUAUAACUUAAUAUACAGAUAUAUAUAAUUUUCAAACACACUUCCAAUAUGGAUAUUAAUGAUGUUGUUGAAAACAGUAGCGUUUCAGAUUUAAUUAUAAAACUUUGUAAUAACUUGGCAAAAAAUAAUCAAGCUUUAGCACCAACUUUAUGUAGAGUGGCAUUUAACUUUUUAUCAACAAAAUCUACAACGCUAGGAGCCAGUAAUGUGGUAGACGAAUCUUAUAUUGUGUCUCAAAUAAAACAAAAACUCUCUACUCAGUCUAAAGAAAAAGUCGACAAAUUUGAAGUAGAGUAUUCAAAACUAUGUGAAUCUACUAUACUACACAAUAGAUACGCCUACUUGAGUUUUUUAUACAACAUAUCGGAUGAUGGAUUAAAACCAAUAGAAGUAGCUUCUUGGAGUUCAAUCUCCAAGGAGUUGGACAGAGUCAAAUCGCAUAUUAGUCUAACCCCGUCCAAUUCACAAGAUAGUGCUAAACAUUUUUCAGACACUCAAGACAGAAAAAAGUAUAGUAAUGGGUCACAUUCAGGCCAUUUUAGUAGUUUGGCGAUUACCAGGGCCCAUUCGCAAACAACAACCAUAUCAUCACACUGGUCUAAGAAUGAUAUUCCAAGUUCUUCUAAAGUUAUUAGUUUGUCAGCAGUAACGGAACAGGAUUUACUAUUAGACGUUAUGUAUUCAUUCCAAGGUAUCGAAGGAAAGUUUCUUAGAAAAGAACCGGGUGGUAUGGGUUUCACGAUAGAUCCUAAGGCGUGUAAACAUCUAACGACGUUUCAAAAAGGCAUUCUUGAACGGUUGACAGGAAUUAGCUUCCUUCAUAACCAGUUGAAAAGGUAUUGUGAAGAGAAUGAAAAACAAACAGGAAUCAUCUCUCAAGCGUUGGUAGCAACCCUAAGUGAUGAGUUAUCAGAAUAUUAUAAAACUGUUGCUUUAUUGCAAGCCGGUAUAAGCAAACAAGCAUCUUGCGAAAACUCUGAAAUGACUCUAAAAAGAGCUUUGUACGUAAUGUACGAUUCGCGUACAAAGUUUGAAUGGUUGGCCUACAUAUCAGAACAAUGUAGCGAUAAGAAAGGUGGUGCUCUUAUAACAGCUAUCCAUGGUUUCCUUCAACAUGGUUCAAAAUGCGCCAGGGAGGUUUCCGAAACAGUUUUAAAAUCAGUUUGCAAACCAUUAUACGUCAUGUUGUCGCGAUGGUUGCUUGACGGGGAAAUCAACGAUCCCUAUAAUGAAUUUUUCAUAGAAGCUAAAACGAUCAAAACCGCAGAAAGGUUAUGGCACGAUAAAUACAAUGUACGGCAGUCGAUGGUACCGUCGUUUAUAACUAUGAGUCAAGCCAAGAAGAUUCUAGCUGCUGGAAAAAGUAUAAAUUUUUUGAGACAGAUAUGUAAAGAUGGUGGCCAAUUGCCGGGAAGAGAAUCUCUACAAAAAUUAUUUAAAAAUAGCACAGCCGAAGCUCUCUUUGCACCAGAACAAAGUAUAGAAUUUCACGCCACACUUGAAAAUGUUUACAAAGAAACCUCUGUGAGGGUGUUAGAUUUGCUUAAGAAUAAAUAUAAGUUAUACGAACAUUUACAGUCUCUUCGAAGAUAUCUGCUACUAGGACAGGGUGAUUUUAUAAGACAUCUUCUAGAACUUUUAGCACCAGAACUGAACAAGCCCGCCGAAAAUAUUUAUGGACACACCCUAUCUGCCAUACUAGAAUCAGCCAUUAGAGUAACAAAUGCACAGUACGAAGACGAGGAUACUCUUAAACGUCUUAAUGUUAGUUUUAUGAGCCAUUCUUCUGGAGACACUGGAUGGGAUGUUUUUAGUCUUAUGUAUAUUGUAGACGGGCCGACAGGAACCAUAUUUCAACACACUAUGCCGACGUACCAGAGUCUUUUUGGAGCUUUAUGGAAAGCAAAGAGGACAGAAUAUGCUUUAUCGAAUAUGAGGAGGCAACAGAUCUGUAUGGCGAAGCUUUUUAGACGGAUAAAAGAACUAAAACCAGUAAUGCAUAUCAUUCACGUUUUAACAAGCAAGAUGAUCCAUUUUCUUCACCAGACACAAUAUUAUUUCCUUUUUGAAGUACUAGAAUGUUCUUGGGCGGAAAUGCAAAAUCAAGUAAAUAAAGCUGAAAGUUUGGAUGACAUCAUAAUUGCACAUUCAGGAUUUCUCAGUUCGGUGCAAAGAGGAGUACUUUUGGAUGAAAGUUCCAGGCAACUUUUUGCACAUUUGAUCUCAAUUUACAAUUUUGUAAUGAAUUUGGAAGGUCAUCAAGAAGCUCUCUAUCAGGCCUGUGCGGAUGCAUAUUCGGCGUAUACUAAGUAUCGCAGCAGAAUAAAUAGUGAAGAAGGAUUCGGUACAGAUAAGGAAGCUGAUGCUGCUCAUAAGGCACAAAGAGCCACGUUUCAUCAAUUUUUGCACACAACAAAAGUUAAAGUUAAACAUUCAUCACAAACGUACGAUAUUAUAGUUAAAAACUUUUUGGAACUGCUGUCAAAAAGCACCAACAUGAAUUUACGAUUAUUAAGCGUCAGAUUGAGUUUCAACAACUUUUACAAGGUUGCAUGACCUGAACAUCAUGGAGCUAUGACUGUAACCUGCAAAUUAGAGCCAUACCAAGGUGAUAUUAGUAUAUGUUCCAAUGCUUCUCGUGAAGCCUUCGAUACUAAUCGCAGUAACUCGAGCACUUCCAGUGGUUCCAACGCUUCUCCCGAUGAUGUACAUAUUCUUCCUAACAAUUGUAAUUUUAUUGAUAGCUUUGCGUCUCGAAGCAUUAACGAUACAAAUGAAAACGACAUGACAAGUAAAUAUGGUAGUCUUACUUCUUUGUUGGACAAUCGAAAAAAGAAACGUAAGCAAGUUUGAUGUUGUGUCGGGUGAAAAGUGAAGAGGGUUUGUUAAAAUCUGCACCUUCAAUAGUAUAUUCCAUCAAUUAGAGACUGUUUUGGAUUAAUUGUGAAAGCAUAGACCUAAGUGAUGUAUGGUGCUUAAAUAAAAAUUGUAAAUUCUGCUAAUAUUCGCUCCGUGUAUGACUGACGCGACACCUAGCGUAGUCGGUUGACAUUUUUGGAGCAUACAAUUUGACAUUAAGCAUAUGAUACACAUAUGUAUGAUAUAUUUGACGUUAUUAUGUAAUACAGGGUGCGCCAAACCUUUGGUUUUCUUUGAUUACGGCUAAACUAUGAGAUAUACAAAAAAAUGUUUAUAACAAAACUGAUGUGUAUUAAAGACGUCUCAAUUUAAAAUUAUUUUCGAUUAUACAGGGUGAGUCAGAACGACGGUAUGAACCAAAGUUUUAUUUUUUUAAAUGGAACACCCAAUAUAUUAAAUCUUUUUAAUAUAUUUUUUAAAAAUAUCAAAAAUUUGUAUAAGGUGUUAUACAGUUAACUUAUAUGCUAUAUAAAGUUAAAAAUUGUCGAAAUAUUUACAUUUUUAUUGAUAAAAAUGGCAAUAUGAUAGUGCUGUGGAUUAUGUUUCCAAGGUAAUAAAAAUUUAAGUAAUAAGUUUUUAUAAUAUAGGUAAUUUUUAAAUAAUUUAAUAUCUUUUACUUAUAGCCAUAAAAUAUACAGUGUAAUCACUAUUUGCAAAUACAAAAUGUUCUUAUUUUUUUUAAAUGGGACACCUUGUAUAUUAGUAUUGCAUUUUGUAGUAAAUAUUACAAUCUUUCUUUUGGUAUAAGGUUGUAUGUACCUAGCAUGUUUUGUUUUGUAGAUAGUUUAAAAAAACUAUAGACUUUAGGUUUUUGCGGAUUUUUUAUUAAAAAAUUUUUUUGCAAAAAAAAAAUUAUUAUAAUCUGGUUUUAGAAACAUACACUAAAAUAUCAAAUAUGAAAAUAAAAACGUAAUUAAAGAUUAAAAUAAAUCAUAUGCUAGUACAGUUCAAUUGAAUUUAAUAACUUUAAAUUAUUUUACAGAAAAUAUUUUAUCGUACUAAUGAAUGCAUAAACUAGUUACUAAAUUAAAUAAACAACCAAAUUUCAAAUCUACCCUAGUAAGUUUUCUGCCACAGAAACUUUCCGGUACCAAAUUAAUUGUUAGUUAUAUUGUAUUUACUAGUAAGAUCAGUUAAACUUUUAAUUAUUUAUAAUUAUUUACGUAAUUUAUACAAAUUUUUGAUGAUAUUUUAAAAAAAUAUAUUCAAAAAUGAUUUAAUAUAUAGGGUGUUUCAUUUAAAAAAGAAUGUGUGUGUACUUUGUACGCACGUAUGAAGUUAUUCUUCUAUUACAGUCGGAAAAAUGAAAGAAUACCCAUGAACGAACAUAUAAAACACGCUGUAUUUUCCUGUCAUCGUGUCACAAAGAAAAUUGCGCAGCGCAAGUACAUGUAAUAAUAAUUAUUACAUGUACUUGCGCUGGCCAAUUUUUUGUGUGACACGGUGACAGGAAAAUACAGCGUGUUUCAUAUGUUCGUUCAUGGGUAUUCUUUCAUUUUUCCUACUGUAUAUAAUUUUAACGAAGUAAAUAUACUUAACAGGUUAUUUGUAUUCCAUUUAAAUAUUAAACUAACUUUCUUAUCUACCACUUUCAAAAAUUUUUUAUUAGAACAACCAAAAAUAAAAAAAAUGAAUCGUCCAGGAUUGGAACCCGGGACCUUUCGAUUUCUGACCGAAAGCUCAACAACUAGACCACCGAGUCUCCUGUAAUUGGCGCGUAAGUUUCGGAUAUAAUUACACAACACGGUGACAAAUAGAUCGAGUGGUAUCGUGAUAAAAAUGUUAUACUUACAUAUUUUAUUAUCUUACUACAGAAGAAGAGAAAUUCAAAGACACAAAAAUUAUAAUAAAUAAUACAUUUACUAAAAACACUAAUAUAUUAUUUUAAUGACUUAUUUGCGCUGAUACAGAUACUAUCUUGAAAGAUUAGAAACGAACUACAUACUGUGUGUGUGCGCAUGCGCGCAGGUUUAUGAAACAUUUUACUCUCAAUCGCGCCUAAAGAAGAAUAACUUCAAAAAUACAACUUUGGUUCAUACCGUCGUUCUGACUCACCCUGUAUAAUCGAAAAUAAUUUUAAAUUAUAGACGUCUUUGAUACACAUCAGUAUUAUUAUAAACAUUUUUUUGUAUAUCUCAUAGUAUAGCCGUAAUCGAAGAAAACCAGAGGUUUGGCGCACCCUGUAUUUAUUGACCAUUUUUGAUAAAAUUUGUUAUACAAACAAUGACACUAACAUUACAAAAUUCCUUAAAAUUUUCAUAUUUCGCCGUUACAGACGCUGGUAUAGUUUCGUGUAUCCCCACCAUGGUCAUGCAUGGAGCGAAUAGGAACCAUUGUCACAAACAAGGUGAUACCAUUUUGUAGGAUAUAAAAUUAGUAGUACAAAAAUCGAUGAAAAUUGUUUUGUAGUACAAAAAUUGGAAUUUCCUCUAUUGUUUUGAAAUUCCAGUAGUAUCUAUUUAUUGUCAAACUAUUAAUAGUACAGGAACAGAAGAUUUUCACCUCGAAAUUUUUACAGAAUGGAUAGAUUUGCUUGAAAAUUUGAGAAUAAGUAGUGGAUAGUCCAAGGAUCAAAAUCUAUAUGAUGGCGCAAGGUGCUUUUACCAUGGGGGUGGUUGCCACCCCAUCUCGGAGGGUGGACAUUUUUUAUUAUAUUUUGACCGCAAAAGUUGAUAAAAACAUUAAUUCUAAGUAAAAAAUGUUUUAUACCUUUUUUGAUAAAAUUAACAGUUUUCAAUUUAUUCGCUAUCGAAAGUUUUAGUUUUAUAUCGAAAAAAUCAAUGUUUUUCGAUAGUAUACUCAUUUACGAUUAACUCAAUUUUUGCCGUAGAAAAAAUUUUUUCAAACCAUGUUCUUGGGAAUUAAAUAACCUACAAUUUCAUAUUUAAACAUUUUUUCGUAUCUCUGAUGCUAAUCUUUCUAUUCUGAAGAAAAUGGCAUUUUUACCAAACUACAAAAAAUCGUUAUUCGCUUUUAACUCCAGUUUUUUAAAAACUAAUCAUUUUAAGCCAGUCAAACUUCUAGAAUUUAUUAAUAAUACAUAAAUAAAGAAGAAUGAAUAAGGCUAAUGACUAAAAACACCGCUAACUUACAUUAUUAUGCUUCCAAUUUCAUUUCUCCUUUUUUUUAAUAUAUUGAUUUUUUAGCCAUAACUUUUUUAUUUUUUAUCUUAGAAAGUUUGAUAAAAAAGAAUUUUGUAGGUUUUUACAAGAUCUAUAAGGCUAUUAUUAUUAAAUCCUUUUAAAAUCCUCAGUCGCAAAAAUAAGUGACUUUGAAAGGGUUGGUAAAGGUGGUUUUUUGCAUGUUAUUACAAGUUUUAAUUGUCAAUAGCUCACUUACUUUUUGCAUUAAAAAAAUUUUUGCAAAUCAACUUCUUGGGAAUUAAAUAAGCUACAAUUUCAUAUUUAAACAUUUUUUCGUAGCUCUGAUGCUAAUCUUUUUAUUCUGAAGAAAAGGGCAUUUUUUACCAAACUACAAAAAUUCGUUAUUCGCUUUUAAUUUCAUUUUUUUAAAAACUAAUCAUUCUAAGCUGGUCAAACUUCUAGAACCUGUUAAUAAUACAUAAAUAAAGAAGACCAAAUAAGGUCAAUGACUAAUUUAAAUUAGGGUGGUGAUUAGGGGGUUGUGUCGGAUCACUUUUUCCCUGAAAAAAAUAGGGACUGACAUUCUGUUCAUUAUAAGUCACUUAAUUUUUGAACUACAUCUUUUUUAUUUCUGGAGAUAGAUAUUUUUAAAUACUUUAAAUUAGUUUGAACAAAUUAUCCUCAAAAAAUGCAUAGUUUUCCCGUCUUUUGACUUUGAAACUACAAUAUUUAGCAUUUGACGAAGAAGAGCUAACAUAUAAUAAAGUGUAGCUCGAUUACUAUUGGUCUUAAAGAAAAUUAGAAAACACGGUUUUGCUUAUUUUUUCAAAAGGUACAUUUUUGUUAAGCAAAGUUGUUUUGAUAAAACGAAAACUUUUUGAGUUAUUAGCAGAAAACUGAAUAAUAAAAACAUUGAUUUUUUCGAUAUAAAACUAACACUUUCGAUAGCGAAUAAAUCGGAAACUAUUAAUUUUGUCAAAAAAAUGUAUUAAACGUUUUUUGCUUAGAAUGAAUGUUUUUACCAACUUUUGUGGUCAAAAUAUAAUAUGAAAUUUCCACCCCGAGAUGGGGUGGCAACCACCCCCAUGGUAAAAGCGCCUUUCGGCAUCAUAUAGAGUUUGAUACUUGGACUAUCCACUACUUAUUCUCAAAUUUUCAAGUAAUUCUAUCCAUUCUGUAAAAAUUGCGAGGUGUUGUCCUAUUUUCAGCUUCAUUACUUGGACUAUAACAGAAUUUCAAUCUCCAUAUAUUUGCCUUUUGAGGUACUCUGGAAUAAAUAUUUGUAUAAUCCAAGAGGAAAAUAAAUUUCUCUAGCUGGCUGUAUACGAUAAAUCACAAAAAAUAGUAGAUUCCUUUCUAAAAGGUAUCUUUAUAAAAUCACUUACAAAGGGUUACAUCACAGAACAGAACGUUUUCGGAAUACAAAAUUCACCAUCGGUGUUAAACUACCAUAAUUUACCUAACCUUAAAUAAGUAUAACAGGUUAAUGGAAUUAGUAUUCCGAAAAAGUUCUGUUUUUUGAUGUAGCCCUUUUUAGGGAUUUUAUAAAUAUACGUCUUACAAAAGAAUCUACUAUUUUUUUUUAAAUAUUUGUGUGUCAAAAAGCGAUAUAUAUAUGUAGUAUAUUAAAAUAAUUAGAUCAGACUGGUUUAGGAAAAUAUUAUUUGUACGGUAGAUUUAGGAAUGGUGCAGAUUCUUUGUAUAGUAAUAUUUGUAAAAAAAAAACUUUUCACCCGAAUGAUUGUUUUAAAAAGUUCUUCUUAAAUAUCUCAAAUGUUUUUAUAUACAUGUUAAGAAUAAGAUUGUUUUGUUACAUCUAAAUAAGACUGUUAAUUUUGUUAUUAGUCGUUAAUUUUUAAUGUUAGUGCCGUAUUAUUUACUAAAUUGCCAUAUAGGAACAAAUUAAAAAAUUAUCAGGUAUAAAUAAAGGUUUUUACUAAA